UUACAGCUGCUUGGUAUAUCGUGUCAGUGCCGUAACUUCGCAGGGAGCUUUGCGAAGCUCGGCUCCUAAAACCGCUGGCUCGCGUGUGUGUGUGAACGGCCCCCACAGCAACACGUCGGGCGUGGAAGGGCCGGGGGCAGACACGCUGCCUCUGUACACACGUCAGUGCCACCCACCGAGCUGAAACGUGAGCCCCGAGAGGCAGCAGCGAGACAAAGGGGGCGGGAGAGUCCCGGGCAGCGGCAGCAGCGCUCCACAGAGCAGGGCAGCGCCCAGCUGAUGGGCGGGCGCACGCGGCAGCUCAGUCCCCGCCGCCCGGGUGCGCCCUUUGCUUUCCCGCGGGGCCGGGCGCUGUGCCCUGCCCCCACUCCCAUCCCUGCCUCGCAGCGGCGGAGGAGCAGUCCCGCUGUCUGUCCGCAGCCCGCUUGCAUGGAUGGACACACAGCGGCGCGGCCAAGGAGACUGGCUUCCCAAGCUGGUGCUGCUCUUUGUCUUCGCAGAAGAUUGUCUUGCACAGUGUGACAAUGACUGCAAAGCUUACUGCUGUGAUGGGACUACCCCCUACUGCUGCUCGUAUUAUGCCUAUAUUGGGAAUGUCCUUUCAGGCACAGCAAUAGCAGGGAUUGUAUUUGGUAUCGUAUUUAUAAUGGGAGUGAUUGCCGGCAUCGCCAUCUGUAUCUGCAUGUGCAUGAAGAACAACCGUGGGACUCGAGUAGGGAUCAUCAGGACUACGCAUAUCAACACCAUCAGCACCUAUCCGGUGGCUCCUCCACCUUAUAGUUAUGAAUACGAGAUGGAAUACGCAGCAGACCUACCUCCACCUUACACUCCAACUCCACAGACUUCAGUACAGUGUCCGCCACCUCCUCCUUACCCUGGAUAUUCAGGGAAAUAAUUAAUGGGCUUUAAAGAGAUAUAAAGUGCCUGUUGAAUCAGCCAGCACAUUAUGGACAGAUCUUGUUGGCUCAGGAGCAAGUAGGAUGGGGCCUACAUCCACAUAUGCUGUCUGGUGUUCGUGUAACGGAAGAUAGUUGCUGUGGCUCCGAAUGACUUCUAAAGGGUGAAGAAAAGUAUAGUCCAUCCCAGAUCACUGUAAUUCACAAAUAAACUAAAGCACGAUAAAAGAAACAGCUACUAGGACUUAGGGCCUACUCAAAAGUGGUUAGCAUCAUCCAAAAUUCUGCUGGCUUUCUUUAGCAACCUGUUAAAGUGAACUGGAAUACUAUUUUUCCAUUUAAAGCAAUGUAUGAUAAAAAUGGUUAAUAAGCUUCCUCUUCAGAGCAUGAGAUACAGCAGUUGGGGUCUAUUCUGGGAGGAAAAUUCCAAUUGUUGUCUACAAACCUGUAUCAUAUCUUUCCUUGAAGUGGUGCAGGUAAGGAAGAACAAGAAAGACGGAAGCUACUUAUUGACUUCCAUUCCAAAAUAGGAAUGACUUGUUCAGCAUAGCAGUAUUUAGGAUCUGAUAGGUAUAUUGCAAACAAGAAUUUUAUUAAAGUCUUUCAGUAGCCAAAAUUUGACUACUGUAACUACUUUUGACCAAAACACAGGGUAUUUUAAGUGCCUACUUUUAAGGAGAUUAAGUCUGGUUUAUAGCCUAUAAUCUAAGUAUACAGAACGUUUUUGUAUGUAGCUUUCACUAUAAAUUAUAGACAAAUCUUUUUAUAUGGAUUUAAAUGCUGUAUACAGAUUUUUUUAGGUCACUAGAUAAUACUUUAAUUUUGAAAGUAAAUAUAGAUUCAGCAAAAUCCUGAAAUAGUUUUGGUGGGGAAAAAACCCAAGGUUAUUAAGGCUUCAUAUAUUUUUCCUGAAGUUUGAUUGUUGAUUAAAUUGUAUGAAGAUCAGUAGUAAUUGUAAUUGAACAUUUGUUCUGACAAGCUAAUAGUCAACAUAAAGGAAGAUGCAUGCAGAGGGACUGUAAAUGUUGCUGUCAACAGGGAAGAUAGGGGAAUGAGUUGUCUUGGUUAUUUAAAAGUGAUUGGGCUCCAUAGAUUGAAAGGGAGAUCAGAGUUGGAUUUCCCAUCCUGUUUAAGAACUGCACACACAAAUUAGGGGUAUAUGCAGUUCUGUCCUGAUCUCUUCUCUUUCAGAAUCACUUUGCAGGCAUUGUUGGUGAAUGUCCUUCAUUAGAGAGUUGUUGGAACAAAAACACCAACAUGGAUUUUUCUAUUUGAAUUUACUAUUGUGUAACAUUUACAGCUGUUGUAUGGGCUUUUUAUGGCUUCCUUCAUUAUUUGUAUGCUCCACAACUUAUGUAAAAAGUAGAAGAGGAAAAAAUGAUGUAGCAUAUCAAGAAGUUAUGGUGACCAGAAUUCACAAAGCUGCAGGAAACAGCCUUUUUUAUGCAUAUAAACGCCAGGUUAAUCAUGAUUCUUAAGGCUCAGAAUGUGUUUAUUUGAAAACUAGCAUAUAACCCUCAGCUGGAAACUUUCAUGGGCAUUCAAUGUGUUACAAAUUAAAAAGAAAGGUGAUUCACCAAGGACCUGAACCAAAGCCUAUUGAAGUCACUAGAAAGACUCCCAUUGACAUUAUUGGGCUUUGAAUUAGGUCCCAAAUGAGGAACACUUUAGGUGUUUAGGCCCUGAUUCGGUAAGGUUCUGGGCGCUAGUGUAGCGUUAAGCACAUGAAUGAUCUCAUAGACUUCAGUGGGAGUACUCACAUGCUUACAAGUAUUCACAAGCUUAAAUACCUUGUUGAAUCAAGGCCUUAAUAACGGUCUUUGCUAGUAUUUUGGAGUAGUAUUUGUCCCUUCCAGUUUGGGCAGUUUUACCCUCCUGAAAAGUCUACCUGAAGGCAUAAAAGACUUUAUUCUCAACAGAAUGUGUUUCGAAGGGCUGUUACGUGGCCUUUGGCCAAACCAAGCAUUGUGUACUACUUAAAUUUUGUAAUCUAUUCAGAGGAAAUUGGACUAUCCCGCA